CAGAAUGGAGGCUUUUAUUACGUAAUGGCGUGGGUAGACAGCGGGCGUCGUGCCAUAUAGGAGUGUGAAUGUCCUAUCACAGGGAGGGGAGGUCUGCUUUAAAGAGAAAUAAAUAGACCUUGCUGAUUUGUUCUGUAUACACACAGUAUUACUUUUGAUCUACCGCGGUGUCUGUCUGAUUUUGUGGCACGACCUUUGCACUAUAACCAGCAUUUACACACGUAGUUUAUGCGCAUUCGGACAUAUUUGCUUGGUUGACUUAAUCUACGACAAGAGUACGCAGAUUGCGUUAUGGGCAUGAGCCAUUGCACCAUCCCUGAGCGUCGGCAGAAGCCUGAGAGGGACGCGAGGGUGUGCACUGUGUUCUAAGAACGAGCAAGUAGAAGCUAUAACCAGACGUCGGAAAACAACGAGCGACAACGUGAAAUAUGUCUUACUAUAACAGAGAACUGGUGGUAUUUUUUAUCAAACACAAACUCUCACAGAGGAACUACCCCUGCAACCACAUUGGACUCACAGAAGACACAAAUCGGACUGAAGGAGGGCAGGCGGCUGAAGAAAACAGGGAUGGGGCGUCAGGAACGACGACCCUGGUUAAUGGCUCCCUGAAUGGAACGAGUGCUAGUACCACUGGGACCCCACCGAGAUCCCCCACAGCAUCCCCCCAACAUCAGACAAAUGGAACUAGGAGCCUGAACGCUGUGAAGGAGGCGCUCCGGGAUUCUGCCAACGAGUUCGAACUGCGUUAUUCCAGAGCAUUCAGUGAUCUCUCCACGCAGCUUCACAUCACGCCCGCCACGGCGUACCAGAGCUUCGAGAGCGUGAUGGAUGAGGUGUUCCGCGACGGAGUGAACUGGGGCCGCAUCGUGGGUCUGUUUGCCUUCGGAGGGGCUCUGUGUGUCGAGUGCGUGGAGAAGGAGAUGAGCCCGUUAGUGGGACGCAUCGCAGAAUGGAUGACAGUCUACAUAGACAACCACAUUCAGCCCUGGAUCCAGAGUCAAGGAGGAUGGGAACGCUUUGCAGAGAUCUUUGGGAAAGAUGCAGCGGCAGACAGCAGAAGGUCACAGGAAAACUUCAAGAAGUGGAUCCUGGCGGGAGUGACCUUGCUCACUGGUGUCGUGGUGGGGUCACUGAUUGCAAAGAAACGCCUGUGAGGAAAAAGUAUAACUGAAGAUCCAAAAUCACCCUGCUUUAUUAAGACCUCCAAGUAAUAUGAAGGAACUUUAAAAUUCAGUUUUAAAAAUUAAAAAAUUCAACGAAACCUUUCGGAUUAUUUUGUUUCCCUAUUGAUUGCCAAGAAAUUUCAUGUUUACACCCCGCAUCUCACUGUUUCCUGUUGACCAUGUGAAGUUCACCUGUGAUGUCAUGUCACGUCACAUGACCCAGACUUCAGGAGGAUGCUGGGCUGCAAAAAGGCAAAGCCACUUCCCUCCACCCUGUUUAACAAAAUGAGAAAAAUGACUAAGUUUGACCAAACAUUUGUUCUGUGUGUAUCUCUGUAAUUAUUAUUUUUAAUAAAUAAUUAUUUUCAGCUUUA